ACUGUCUGUCCUCUCUAUUUUUCUGUCCUCCCACUAAACUUAACGAUAUAAACUACUGUCUUAGGAAGGGCACCUCCCCACAGUGACUUAAAGAGGUCAGAGCGUCUGUUGAUUAGCCCUGACUGAGCUCCCUGUGUCUCAGCGUCUGAGGAUGAAGCUUGCUGUGCUGGGAGCCACUGGGCAGACCGGUCAGUAUCUGGUCAACCAGGCACUGCAGCAGGGUCACUCAGUCACCGCCAUUGUCAGGAAUCCAGGAAAACUUGCCAUAUAUCAUGAUAAUCUCAAGGUGGUGGAAGCUGACAUUUUCUCAGCAGACAGUCUGAAGACUCAUUUCAAAGGACAUGACGUGAUCAUGUCCUGCCUCGGCUUUUCGCCUUCCUUCUUUUCGGCGGUGACUGGCUACACCUUGUCCAUGAAAGCUGUGAUCAGUGCCAUGCAAGAAGCCCAGGUCAACAGGAUCAUCACCAUGACCUCCUGGUACACUCAGUCUGACUCUGGGACUCAGUCGCCUUACCUCAUCCGCUUCCUCCUGCUGCCGCUCAUCCGAAGCGUCCUUAACAACAUGUAUGAGAUGGAGCAGUUUCUGCAGAAGACUGAGAACAUCAGCUGGACUGUAGUACGACCACCUGGACUCAAGAACCUGUCGGCCACAGCUCAAGAGUUUCUAACCCACGAGGGAUACUUUGUGCCCCAAACCAACGGUCAGGCUGCAGGCGGUGCAGUGGCAAGAGGGGACGUGGCACGAUUCAUGCUCUCUUUAGUCAGCAGCAAUGCCUGGUUCAAGAAGGGAGUGGCCAUCACUACCAAAUAAGAAACUCUGCCAUGAAUAAACUCUAUUCCUAAUGUCAA